AUGUUAAUAUGGGAGUGGCGACGAAAAUGGCGACAGUAUAUUCGUAAUAGGCGGCCACCAUCACGUUUAACAUAUCAGCAAUUAACAAAAAGAUAUGCGAGAAUCUCAUUCGUCUUCUUUAUUAUAGGAUGGCAUAUUAUUGGCUUUGUGAUAUGGAAUAAAGUAGAGAAAUGGAGGAAAGACAAUCCACAGGACAAAGUUUUGUUAAGUGAAAUGCCUAGAAAAGGUUUCAGAGAACUUGCAGAGGAGAAAAAAGGGAUUAUUGACUUUGAGGGCGGGGAUGAAUGA